UUUCUUCAUUCCCAAUUUUCAAUUUUGCUUUCCUGGUUUUCAUUGUCAACGUCGUUGAAAGACUAAGCUUCCAUAUCAAGACUUCUUUCACCGUCAAUCUCAAUUAUUCCCUUCGUUUCCCUCAUUUAAUUAAUCGUGUCAAGUUCCGACCUUUCAAAUGGUCUCUAGUGACGAGGCUCUUCAUGCAUCUCCUGGAAAGAAAAGGAAACUCGAAAUGGAAGAUAAUGCUAACUCCGGCGAAGAGGGUGCCGUGACAAAAGAAAUGGUACAUAGUGUUGAAUCGGUGGAUCGUAUCUCGCAUUUGCCUGAUCAUGUCGUCCAUCACAUUCUUUCGUUCCUAAGAAACCCGAAGGAUGCGAUCCGUACCAGUAGUUUUUCAAAGCGAUGGAGAGAGUUGUGGUAUUCCUAUGCAAUGUUGGUUUUUGAUGAAGUAAAGUUUGCUGCAAGAUUUGGACCAGAAGAUGGAAGUGAUAAGGAAAGUAUGUUUAGAGAAUAUGUAUCCGACUCUCUGCUUAGAUACCUUGCGAAUAAUUCGCAGAUGUAUAAAUUGUGUAUACAUAUGACCUCCUUUGACUUAACCGAUGCGCCGCUUGUUGACAACUGGCUAGCGUCCGCUGUCUCGCAAGAUAUCAAAGAAAUAGAUCUCCAUGUUGGAUUUCAGGGUAGUAAGAGGUAUACUCUGCCACAUGUUAUCUUUUCGUCCGAAACUUUGACUGAGCUUAGGUUAAGUGGUUGUAUACUGCAAAGUUGCGGUGAUAUAGUGCUUCCUCGUCUGCAGAAACUUUAUCUACGGAAACUUCAACUAGCUGAGCAUACUGUUUUAGGUUUAAUCUCCCGCUGCCCUUCAAUUGAGGAUUUGAGAUUCAUACAAUGCACAGGUUUAAAAUUCUUGAUUAUUUAUCAUGAUAGUCUCAAUAGGGUUGAAAUCCACAACUGCAAUCAACUGAAGAGGGUUGAUGUCAUUGCUUCUAAUCUCGAGACGUUUUGGUUUUCUGCCAAGAAAUUCACUUCUUGCAAAGUUGGUUUGGAUCACUGUAAAUCUCUGAAAAAGUUGACAUUAGAGCAUCCACAAGUGACCCGUGACUUUUUUGAAACUAAGUUUACUAGAUUUCCCUUGCUUGAAAAAUUGGAACUAUUUGUUUCUGAUAACAUGAAAUCUAUUACAAUUUAUAACCGCUGUCUUCAGAGAAUUGCUUUAAAAGGAUGCACGAAAUUGACUUAUGCUCAAAUAACUGCUCCUAAACUCGUUUCUUUUGAGUUGAAGGGCGACAACAUGCCUUACAUUGACUUUCACCCUUUCCGCCUCACAGAUGCUAAAGUUUCUUUGGUAUCUAAAUCGGAACCUAGAGACAUUGGACUCGGAAUUGGUAACAAGCUGUGGCAUAUGAUGAGACCUUUUAUAUCGAAGUUCAGUUCUGAAGGGUUUAAAUUGAUUAUGCAUUCUAAGAAGAAUAUUAUUAUUCAUGAAGAUUUGAGCAACGUCAAAUUCCCUCCUUUGCAUGACCUGAGUUUUCAGAUUAUCAAAUCAUCAGCAUGUGUUCAGGAUAUUUUGUAUGAUUUAUUGCGGACAUUACACCCAGUGUCUGUAUCUAUAGUUUCUUCCUCUGACAGCAAAUUCUCUGAGUCAGUAUACGAAAUGAUGAAGAUCAAAGAUGAGGAUCCCAUCUGUUGCGGAUAUAAUUCUUCAAAAAAUAAAUGCUGGAGGCAUUUCUUGAAGGAGGUUAAGAAUGAGAACUGGGAAGACAUGCUUGAGAUUGUGGAAGCCUCUGAAGAUGAAAUCACUUCUACAUUAUAUUUUUGGUUGCAGCUGUCAUAUUCUACAACCGAGCCGCGUCAGUUGACUCAUUUUAGAUUAAACUGGAAUACUCAUGAACCUAGUAAAAACAUGUCAACCAAGACAAGAAGUGCAAGGAAAGAUGCAGAAGGAACAAGUAAGAAAAAGAGUGUAAUAGUUGGACCAUGGGGAGGCAAUGGAGGGACUAGUUGGGAUGAUGGAACCUUUACAGGGGUAAGAGAAAUCACACUAGUUUAUGAUCGUUGCAUCGACUCUAUUCGUGUUGUUUAUGAUAAGAACGGCAAACCUUUCACAGCUGAUAAACAUGGAGGAGUUGGAGGCAAGAAAACAGCCGAGAUUAAGCUACAAUACCCUGAUGAGUAUUUGAUCAGUGUGAGUGGCUACUAUUUUCCGGUUGCUCGUGGUGGCACACCGGUUAUUCGGUCACUGACCUUCAAGACGAACCGGAGAACCUUUGGACCCUACGGAGCAGAAGAAGGGACACCAUUCACUUUCUCAAUAGACGGAGGCCAAGUUGUGGGUUUUAAGGGACGAGGUGAUUGGUAUUUAGACUCAAUUGCUUUCACUUUGUCUAGUGCACCCUCAACCUCACUUCUUAAGAAGGUGCAAAAAGGCUUCUAUAGGCUUAUAAGCAUUGCUCCAAAAUCUUCAUCUACCAAGGCUGGUGAGAAGACUAUGGAAAUUUAAGAAUCUUGCCUCAGUUUUAUGUAAUUUGGUUUUGCUAUAUUGCUUACCCCUUUUUUUUUACUUUUGUUGCUUGUAGUUCUUUGAAGCUUAUGAUACUGCAAACUGUGAACACCUUAAUGUAUAUCUAUAUUAUAGUAAGACAUAGUUAUAUGUGUAAUCAUAUUCUAGUUUUGAUAUAUCAGAUUUUAGGUUUUCUGUUACAAAGGACCUUUUCAAAGCAUUGGCUUUGUGAAAACUUGUUAGCAACUUUGGGAUGGACAUGUUCUGUUGGUAAUUUUUAAGAAGAUGGACAUGUUGUUUUACAAA